AUGAGCCCCAACACUGGUGGGGCUGUCCUCCAUCCCAUCUGUCCUUCCCAGCUGCCCCUCAGAGCAGCCCCUUCCUUCUCUUCCGCAGAGACGGCCAUCUCCAGCGAAUUGCAGAUCUGGCAAGAUGUACAAGUGAACUUUGACUCCAGAGCACGGGGCAUUGGGCUCCUGAUGGGCCAGGGGUCUGGGCCUGGGGCAGGCAUCAGGCCCGGGGACCUUGGCACCCCGAGUUCAGGGCACCCCACACCCGGGCCCUCUCCAUUUCAGGACUUCUAUGGGGUGGUGUUGAAGAAGGAUCCCAACCCCAUCAGCCCCAACCAGCCGGUUGAUGAGAAAGGACACAUCACUGCAAUAGAUCUGACAGAAUCUCAGGUGAGAAGUGGCCAAUACCUUGAUUACCACAUGGAAAAGUUUGGUUUCCAGACUCCUAAUGUGAAUUUUAUUCACAGCUACAUAGAAAAGCUGGGGGAGACUGGAAUGGAAGAUGAGAAUUAGGACAUUGUCAUAUUGAAUUGUGUCAUUAAUCUUGUGUUUAAUAAACAAAUUGUUCUGUGGGAAGUGUAUGGAGUGCUGGAGAUAGGGCACUAACCUGGAGGGGAGCUGCACUUCACUGACGUCUAUGCUAGCCUUAAAUUGCCUGCAGAAGUCAAGGUACAUAAAGUUUUAUGGAGUGAAUGUUUAGGGGGAGCUCUAUUCUGGAAAGACCUGUUCACGUUGGCUAGAGAAACUGGGUUCUGUGCUCCACAAUUGGUCAAUGCUAAACCAAUUACCCUUGAGGACAGGGAACUGGAAGAAGUUAUUGGUGAUUGUCAGUUUGUUUUGGCAACAUUUCAUUUCUUCAGAUUUCCCAAGAAAGUCCCAGACCAUAGCAUUGAGAUUUCUGGGCAUGAGAAAGAACUGAUAUUUGAUGCAAAUUUCUCAUUUUAGGUGGGUCGAAUAAUUGAAAGGAAUGAAGAAACAGAGGCUAUUUUGAAGAAUUUCAGGUUUGCUCUGGAGUUUCUGAUUAAACCACCAGGAGGGAAGUUGUGGACACCUGGGGGUUGUUUUGCUUUGGAAGCACAGACAUUGGCACUAUACUGCUGCUACCAGGACCCAGCACAAGAUGGCGCUGGCAGAGAGGAAGUAACCUGGAAAGAUGCCCUCCCAAACUAG